UUUGUAAAACAAGUGGUUUAAAGGAAACGUGCACUAGAAGAAAAAGUGAUAGUGAUCAAAGUAACCUCAAACAGUGUGUUAUGAAGUAGUGUUGUAGAACGAUGCUAUUUCUUCAAAAUGGUUCCUUGCUUCAGCGGUCUGUACGUCACGCCACAUACGUCAACUUCCCGCGUCCAGAUGACUGUUCCUACCUUCACCAGCUACCAGUAGAGGAGCAGUGUGAGUUUGUGGAGAUGACGGAAGCUUGUGCGGAGAGUGAAUACUUUUUCAACUACGUCGGAUAUCUUUAUUGUACUAUCGGUUCCGAUCGGGAGUAUCUCUUCAACUUUGGAUUUGUCUUACUGCUGUGUAUUUGUGUCUACUAUUUCAUUAUUCUGGGUACGACAGCUGAUAAGUUCUUCUGUCCAACGCUAGCCGCCAUCGCGAAAGCAUUAAAUAUCAGUGAAGCAUUGGCCGGUGUAACGAUUCUCGCCUUCGGUAAUGGAUCGCCGGAUCUGUUCACAGCUGUCGCUAAUCCAGAUGCAGACACAGAGCUUAUGUUUUCAGAGCUCCUAGGAUCGGCAGCGUUUGUGAUUGCAGUGAUCGGAGGGACCGUAUUGCUGAUACAACCAUUCGACUUUCCACCGUGGAGUAUCUCGAGAGAUUUGUCGUUCUUUAUAGCAGCGAUCGUGUGGAUAACGCUUAAAGCAGCUGACGAACGGUUCAGUCUGUACGAUAGUGCGAUAUUGAUUGGAAUGUAUCUUCUGUUUCUAUCUCUGGUCAUUUGGGAGUUUAUUCAACAGAGACAGGAAAUGCACAGGGCACAGUCUCUAGAUAAUGAAGCGAUAGCUAGAGCUGGAAAUCCCACUCAUAGACCGAUGGCCACAGUAAAUCCUGGUGCAGGUGAGCAGCGAGUAACCAACGUUCCAGCAAAUGAAGGAUUGCUUGUCGAUUUUUGUAAUCACAUAAAUCCUCUUGAUCUGGAAGAAUGGAACGAUGGAGGGUGGGCAACGCGAACGUUUUGUCUCCUUAAAGCACCAUUUGUUUUGCUUCUUUUGCUUACAAUUCCAAUCGUGGACACUGACGUCGAACGGGACGGAUGGUGUAAGAUGUUAAAUAUAUGUCAUUGUCUCACACUGCCGUUGUUGAUCGUGUUCGUAAAUGGAGUUGCGUUCAUAACGAUAGCAAAGGUGUACAUUUUCGUUUUGGUCAUCUUAGUCGCAUUACCCGUAAUGGUUGUCAUCUUUUACACAUCACGAACCGAUCGAUGUCCGCGUUAUCACAAGCUACUUACGCUGAUGAGCUUUUUGGGCUGCAUUCAAGUCAUCUACGUUGUGGCACAGGAGGUAGUGAGUGUGCUCGAAACGGUAGGAAUCGUACUGAAGCUAUCCAAGUCCGUGCUCGGUCUGUCAUUGCUUGCCUGGGGUAACAGUGUCGGAGAUUUAUUCUCAAACGUGGCUCUGGCACGACUUGGUUACGGGAAAAUGGCAUUCGCGGCAUGUUUCGGUGGUCCAUUGUUGAAUCUUUGCUUAGGAUUGGGUCUUACCCUCAUGACAAAAGCAUUUGGUGUGCAGGAUCUUAUAGCAGAUGUUCGUAAAGGCGUAAUGGGAGAAAAUUGCGAGGUGUAUCUGUUCCAGAUUCUCACCACAACCUGGCUAUGUUUGCUGUUUACCAACUUCCAAGGGCGCCGAAGCGUUGGUCUCGCUAUGAUCGUAACGUACCUGAUGUUUUUGAUAUUUUCAUUCCUGGGCGAGUUUGAGCUAAUCCAUCCGUACGGCACAGAUCAUCAUCCCGAUCCGAACGGAGGCUAAACUCGAACCAUUUCGGAUGUGGCCUGCUUUCGGGAGGAAACAAAUCAGCAACAGGGGUACGCCUA